CCACAUUCUCUAUUAAAAAAAUCAUUUGUGCUCUAAAUGAAAACUCGGAAAGAAAGGUCAACAUGGCAUUUGAAUUGCCUGGUCUGUCACUUUCCAAUAUCAAAGAAGCAGCUUUGAAGACUGCAAACAUUCCAAAAAACGAUAAUUUUCAGUCUAUGUUGGAGAAGGCCAAAAGAAGAGUUAGUAGCUCUUUGUCUCAAGAGCUACUAAGUAUGGAAGAAAAAGAAUUAGUGGGUGAGUGUACAAUUCUUUGCAAAGAUGAUAUCUUCAUGGAUCUAAGUUCUCAGAAUUGUAAAUAGCAGCACUAAACAAGAAUGGGAGAAAGGUAAGAGGACAUCAAGUCCUUUGUAUGCAAUGGAGAAGAUUUCUAUAUCAGAAUCUAGAAGAAAAAAAGACUUCAACCAAAUAAUUCAUUCAAGGAAACGAAAUGCAAUGACAUUCAUUUGUAUCAUUCUUGGAAACAUUUCCUUUUGGCCACCCGGUGAAAAAAUAUUUAUAAUGUCUUGGCAUUGUUUGUCAUCAUUUUACGUUUCUAUAAAAUCAAUGUCCUAUUUAGGAUAUGAUCUAGUAUAUAUAUAUAUUUAUAUGCAUACAUAUAUAUUCCUCUAUUCAAAUGAACUGUGAAGCCUCAAGAGCCAAGUAGUUGGAUGGGGCAUAGUAAGAAGCAAAGUCCUUGACUAAUCACACGGUAUUGACCAAUCAAAGUUGAGACCAGUAGCUGGAUUAGUCUACUUAAGUUUCUUCCUCUGGUUGGUAGAAUUAUAAAAAAGGAUGAUGAGUAAGUUCAUUAUCUACCUUUCACAAUGGUUUUUCUUUGUUGCAAAUCUUAUGGCACAAGUGGGCUUUGUUGCUGUUUUUUCUCUUGGUAAUGGUUAGACAGAUCACAUGUAUAAAUGUCUCAAUUACAGCUAAACUUAAAUAUAUGACCUGGAAGACAAAGCCAUGUGAACUUUCAAAUGCUUAUGUCUCUUGCAAAUUCAUCAAUCCUUCCCAAAUGUCUUUAGAACCACUUAUUUAGAAGCCUUGGAUAUGCAUGCAUUCAAAAAAUCCAUUCAUCUAUAUAUAAAGGGUACAUAACCAAACAGCUGAAUCAUCAAGUCCUCACAUUCUCUACUACAAAAUAUUUUUGUGAACUCUAAUACUUCUUCUAAAGAAAAACAUAAAAGAAGAUCAACAUGGCAUUUGGAUUGUCCGGCUUUGUUCAGGGUAAGAAGGCUCUCCGAAGAUCACUUUCAGGCAUCAAAGAAGUAACCUUGAAGUCUGCAACUAUUCCAAAAGGCUGCUUAGCUGUCUAUGUUGGAGAAGAUCAGAAGAAGCGUUAUGUAGUACCUCUUUCAUACCUAAAUGAGCCUGCAUUUCAAGACUUGCUGAGUAUGGCAGAAGAAGAGUUUGGAUAUGAGCAUCCGAUGGGUGGACUCACAAUUCCAUGCAGAGAAGACAUAUUCAUUGAUAUCACAUCUCAGUUGAAUUGAUUGUAAUAUGUAGCUUUGACAUAGAUUCACAGAAACACAAUUUUGUAGAUCAUAUACUCUUACCUU